AUGGGUCUCAAAGACGGUGGUUUCAUAUCACACAUGUCCGACGUAGCAACCAAAAUGUGUUGGGAAAACAGACAACACCCCAAUAUUGUUCGAUUGUUCCAAAUUCUUCUUAAACGAGAUGAUCUUUGGGUUAAAUUUGAUCGUUAUGGAAUGAUGAGACCAACGAAAGGCAUUGCUUUCAAACAGAACAAUGACGAUGGAUCCGUGAUACUUGUAGAUAAACCGGAAUGGCGGUCAAAAUCUAAUUGGCUACAUUGGGAUCAGUGGUCGAUCGAUAAUGAAGAGAGGCAUAAGUCCCGGGGGGGGCUUGUGAAUGUUCCGGAAGAUGAUCCCAUACGAAAGGAAAUCAAGCAGAUUCAUGUUCGAAGGGGUUCUUUCGUCAUAUGGGACUCACGAUUACCUCACGGAAAUUUCCCAAAUCAGAGCGAUCGAUUUCGAAUUGUUCAAUACAUUGCAUUUGAAUCUGCGAAAGAAGAUGACAAGUAUAAAUUGACAAAUCGAAUUGAUGCUGUUCAUAUGCGUACAUUAAACUCGAAAGCCGAUGAACAACUUGCUGCAAUUCCAGAACCACAACUAACAGAACUCGGAGAGAAGAUUGUUGGGUUGAGAAGUUGGAAAACCAAUGAGAAGGUCUAA